UCUUAUCAGCCUCACUCAUCAUCCAUCAAUCCAUCAACACAUCUUCAUCCAUCCAUCUACAAGUCAUUAGCCAUGGCUCGUACCAAGCAAACCGCUCGUAAAUCCACUGGUGGCAAGGCCCCAAGAAAGCAGCUUGCCUCCAAGGCCGCUCGCAAGUCCGCACCAUCCACCGGAGGUGUCAAGAAGCCUCACAGAUACAAGCCUGGUACCGUUGCUCUCCGUGAGAUCCGUCGCUACCAGAAGUCGACUGAGCUCCUGAUCCGCAAGCUUCCCUUCCAGCGUCUCGUCCGUGAGAUCGCCCAAGACUUCAAGUCCGACUUGCGAUUCCAGUCCUCUGCCAUCGGCGCUCUCCAGGAGUCCGUUGAGGCUUACCUCGUCUCCCUCUUCGAGGACACCAACUUGUGCGCCAUCCAUGCCAAGCGUGUCACCAUCCAGUCCAAGGACAUCCAGCUUGCUCGUCGUCUCCGUGGUGAGCGAUCUUAGAUGACAACAUGAGUCACCAACAUCACAAUGACAAUCAUCAAUGAUGGUUCUACUGCUCUUGGGAUUGUUGGCAAGACCUAAAUGGUUACGGGGGUUUUCAUGAUGAGUUGCAAUGGCGAAACGGAAUGAUAUUCACAAUGGGCUGUACUGCUUUAACACAAUGAUCAUGGGGGUCAUGGGGGCUUGGGCGUUUCUGCUUGUACAUCAGCCAUCAAGCCAGUCAGACAGACAUGACAUGGCCGAAGCAGAAGACGCCACGAUCAAAUAGACGUUGACAAAUCCAAAUCACGUCCACAUCCUGAA